CUGUCAUUGUCAUCUUACUUGAAAUUCAUUCAUCUGCGUUGUCUAAUAAACUGAUUGCCGUUUCAAACAACUGAAAUAUAUUUCUUGAUUUAAUUCAUGUAACAGAAAAAUAUCACCAUGACGCUUACUAAAAUGGAGGUGGACUCCGUGAAAGGCGAAGGAUUUCGGCCGUACUACACAACAAAAAUCGAAGAACUACAGUUAAUCGUAGCCGAAAAGUCUCAAAAUCUUCGACGUCUGCAAGCCCAGCGAAAUGAGCUAAACGCUAAAGUUCGCAUGUUACGUGAAGAACUGCAACUCCUGCAAGAGCAAGGCUCCUAUGUCGGAGAAGUCGUCAAACCUAUGGAUAAAAAGAAAGUAUUGGUAAAAGUACAUCCUGAAGGCAAGUUCGUAGUAGAUUUAGACAAAAACGUUGAUAUCAAUGAUGUAACUGCGAACUGCCGUGUCGCACUGCGAAAUGAAAGCUACACUCUUCAUAAAAUAUUGCCAAACAAAGUCGAUCCUUUAGUAUCUCUUAUGAUGGUCGAAAAAGUUCCAGAUUCAACUUAUGAAAUGGUAGGAGGCUUGGAUAAGCAAAUUAAAGAGAUCAAAGAGGUGAUAGAACUACCAGUAAAGCAUCCUGAGUUGUUUGAUGCAUUGGGUAUUGCACAGCCCAAGGGAGUGCUACUGUAUGGUCCACCGGGUACUGGUAAGACGUUGUUAGCGCGUGCCGUGGCCCACCACACUGAGUGUACCUUCAUCCGAGUCUCAGGUUCAGAGCUUGUGCAGAAAUUCAUCGGUGAAGGAAGUCGAAUGGUCAGAGAACUCUUUGUUAUGGCUAGAGAACAUGCUCCAUCUAUCAUUUUCAUGGAUGAAAUUGAUUCUAUCGGUUCCUCUCGUAUUGAGUCUGGAAGUGGAGGUGACUCGGAAGUACAGAGGACCAUGUUGGAGCUUCUAAAUCAGUUGGAUGGGUUUGAAGCGACAAAGAACAUCAAAGUCAUCAUGGCUACCAAUCGUAUUGAUAUUCUUGACCCGGCACUAUUGAGACCUGGUCGUAUCGACAGAAAGAUUGAAUUCCCCCCACCAAAUGAAGAAGCUCGUUUGGACAUUCUGAAAAUUCACUCUCGUAAAAUGAAUCUUACAAGAGGUAUUAACCUACGUAAAAUAGCAGAGCUGAUGCCAGGGGCAUCUGGUGCGGAGGUGAAGGGAGUAUGUACAGAAGCGGGCAUGUAUGCUCUCCGGGAACGUAGAGUCCACGUCACCCAAGAAGACUUUGAAAUGGCAGUAGCCAAGGUAAUGCAAAAGGAUUCUGAGAAAAACAUGUCUAUCAAGAAAUUAUGGAAGUAAUUUACUUUUCUUUGUGUUCUUCAAUACUUAACUUUUAUGUACUAGAUAAUAAAUAAAUUCAUCCUA